UGGACCAGGAGCAGGCUGACACACACAGCCUGGCAGUGAACACCGACGGUUAAAGACGCAUUUUAAAUUUACACUAAAUAAUAAGACGAAGCCGCCGGAACAACUGCAACUCCAGACGUCUACUCACUAAACUCCAGCAGGAAACGAACUAAUUCAGAGGAGACUUUACGAACAAGCACCUUCCCAAACAGCGGGAGGAGGAAGUGAAGUUUAGUCGGGACAGGAGGAGGUAUGAGCGCGGACAGAGAGGAGCAGGAAGACGAACUGCUCGCGCUCCAAAGUAUCUUUGAUUCGGAGGAGUUCGUCCGAGAUGAGUCGAAGUCUGCCGGAGAAAUCCGAGUGUGUGUCGAGCUGCCUGCGGGCUUUACUGUAACUCUGAAAGAAGGGAAUCGAGCCGGUGAAUCACUGAGGCAGUAUGACAUUUCAUUCCUUCCACCUCUGCUUCUGACCUUUGACCUCCCUGAGGACUACCCAUCGUCCUCCCCUCCCUCCUUCACCCUCACCUGCAGCUGGCUGACACACACACAGCUCUCUGCACUGAGUGCUCAGCUCACUGAUCUCUACCAGGCCACCGGAGGCGCUGUGGUGCUCUUCUCUUGGGUACAGUUUCUUAAAGAAGAUGCCCUCAGGUUCCUGGACAUCAAUUCUCUGCUGGAGCUCCCCUCUGAAGAACAAGGCACCCUGUACAAUAGCCAGGACUCCUUAAGUGCUGCACUCUCAGAGCCAAAGAAUAAUCAACACCCUCCAAAGCCAGGACCAACAGAUAUCCAGAGCUGUAAUGUCUCAGAUCCAGGUAAACCAGACCUCUCUACUCCAACUUUGGAAGUUGAACCUCCAACAGGGAGUUGUGCUGAUGGCCGAGACCCUUCACCCUCAGACUCACAGGAAGCUUUGGCUUUGAGUCAAAACACCUCUAAUGAUUGGAACCAUGUUGCAGAAGCCUCAGAUGCAAGGGAGGCCCUUCAAACCACAGAAUUUAAGGCUGACGAUCAGAAUGAUCUGUCCUCAGCAGCAGGCACACUGAAGCCUCUUACAUUUGCUCAAUCUGAUCAAAGUGACCAGGAAGAUUUCUCAAAUGAAGGAAACGUUUCAGCCUCAUUAUUGGGUCCUUCUAGCUCCUCACACCCACAGGAUCUAAGUGAAGAAGGAGCUGCUUCUCUGCCCAUCCACCCCAGAGAAUCCCCCCAGAAAGAAGACCAAACAUCCUCUGGUCUCUCCCUGACUCCAUCACAAACUCUCCUGUCCCAGAUCUUGAUCUAUAAUGAGGCCCAGAAACAGAAAGUUUUUGCCACCACGGUGUUUGACUGUGGCGUGUGUUAUACGGGCUGGCUCGGUUCGGACUGUGUGAAGUUGCCGGAGUGUGGCCACAUCUUCUGUCAGGGCUGUCUUGCAAAGUUCUGCAGGGUCCAGAUAACAGAGGGGAACGUCCGGAGUGUCACCUGUCCUGAGGCAGACUGCACUGCCACUCCUACACCUGCACAGGUUAGGCAUCUGGUUGGGGAGGAGCUGUUCAGCCGCUAUGAUCGUCUCCUGCUACAGUCAACUCUGGACAGCAUGGCUGAUGUGGUGUACUGUCCUCGGCGUACCUGUGGUUCAGCCGUCAUUCGGGAUAAGUCCAGCAAUGCUGCACUGUGCUUUGUGUGCAACUUUGCCUUCUGUGUCACCUGCAGGAAGACCUACCAUGGGACAUAUGACUGUCAGGCAAAGAAAAACAUGAAAAUGCAGGAGGCACUGCAAGGCAAUUUACACCUGCCACAGUCAAAAGAGGGUUUGGAAGCUCUGUGGCAUGACUAUGCCAAUGGCAGUAAGCAGAGGAGGCGCCUCCUGGAAAGCAGAUACGGCCGUAGUGUACUGCAGGGCUCUUUGGAGGACUGCCUAAGUGAAGACUGGAUCGUCUCCAAUAGCAAGCACUGUCCUCAUUGCUUCUGCAAAAUAGAGAAGAACGGAGGAUGUAACAUGAUGUCGUGCUCUCAGUGUGGACAGCGAUUCUGUUGGGCUUGCCUCACCAGACUGGGAUCAGGUCGUAUAAGCAACCACUUUGCUGAAUGUCCCCCCUGUCAGUCCUACUACUAACCGACCCAGUGCUUCAGCUACUUUUACCACCAGUCACUGGCCACCAGCCAUGGAGGGAAUGGAGUCAGUAAAUGUUGCUCUGAAUAAGCUGUGUUCAAAUCGUUGUGAUUCUAAGUGCACUUUUAAAAGAUACUUAUGAACGCACAUAAGAAAUAAAAAAGAACUAUAAUAAUAUGAGGCAUGUUGCCAAAUAAUCUCUCAACAUAAUUUGAAUCGGUUAGUGGUGAAAGAACUACUCAGAUAUUCUACAUAAGUAAAAGGAGUGGCUUUUAUUGUGUAGAAUGACCCAUUUUAGAAUAAUAUUUAUAUUAUUUUAAGCACUAUAAUUUGUGAUGAGUUAAUGUACAAGCAUCACUAAUGUUGCAGCUGGUGAAGGUGGAGCUAGUUUAAACUAUUUUAUAUAUACUGCUGGGUAGCUUAAUCCAUAAUAAUGCAUCAUAAUGUAUAAGUUGAUUUCAUUUUGUAUCAAUAAUCUGAACCUGCAAACUAACAGGUAACUGAUGUUGUCAGAUAAUUGUUGUGGAAUAAAAGUGCAAUAUUGACUUCCAAAAUGUGGUGGAGUAGAUGUAUAAAUUAGCAUAAAAUGGAAAUACUGAAGUAAAGUACAAGCACUUCAAAACUUUUUAAGCACAGUACUUGAGUAAAUGUAAAAAUUUUUACUAUCACUGAUUCUACUGAAGCUUUACAGUCGUUCACAAAAUUACAACAAAUGUCAUACUGUGUCAUGACCACUAGAGGGCGCUAAAUAACAAGAAUGACAACACGGGCUGGGCACACUCAAUUAACUUUACAUGAGAUUCCUUUUGGUAAUAUCAAGAGAUGCACUUUGCAUUGAGCAUGAUUUAUCAUUCAGUAUUAAACAAUACAUCAGUGAAAACUGUUAUUUAACAUGCAUAUUUGCAGCUCUAGAUGCAAAGAUGAGUAAUGUAUGACAGGAAAUUGCCCAGUGUGUCUUUUUUAAACCAAGUAAGAGGGUUCAUACCAAAGCUUUAAUUUCCCUCCCGUAAUAAUUAGGGUGCCUUGUGGGGCUACAACUGAUUUUUUUUAACAACCUACCAAUUAUUUCUUCAAUUAAUUGAUUCAUCAUGGGGUUUAUAAAGUCAGCAAAUAGUAAAAAAUGGCCAUCAUAAGAUCCCAGAGCCUGUGGUGAUGACCAACAGUCCAGAAUCCAAACGUAUUCUGAUAAUUCUCAUAUCAGAAUAAGAAAACAUGCAGAUAUUCACCUUUGAGAAACCAGUACGAUUCUUAAACAAUUAAGAGUAUUUUAAUUGUUGCAGUUUACUUUAUUGGUAAGUGCAGCUCCAGUACACAGAUAGUCACUUUCUAAGCUCCCUUUAACUUCCUGUAAUGUACCAGUUGUAUUUUCAAAGAGUACUUUAUCUCAAAACAUCUAAGGAGUUGUUCUACAAGAGUUUUAGCUGUGCAAUGACUUUAUUGAUAUCAUUUUUAUGAAGCUGUGGGACAACAGUGUGCUGUAAAAGUAUAAUAUUUUCAAUUACAGGUUCAGUGUUUCUGCAAGUCCUUGGACUUUUGCAAUUUGCACAUCUGUAUGCAUGCACAUGGAAUUUAUGUUUAACAAUUGUUUUUGCGUUAUUCUUUGUAUCAUGUUAUUUAUUCAUGCUCUGCUGCUGUGACAUGAACA